CAGCGUUUCAGCAGUCAUUUGAUUUUUUGUUCAUUUUCAUACCCAUUCUUAUUGGACUCAAUUGAUGAGAGCUCAUAUUCAUACACACAUUUGUAUGUACAUUUUUGAAAAGGUAUUUUAAAAGCACUCGUGGGCCCCAUCAAUGGAAUCGCUUUAAAUGCCAGCAGUUAUUAUCAUUACGAAGUUGAACAAGUUGAAGAAGCCAUUGAUGCAAUGGUCAGAAUAAGAGGAAAAGCCAAGGUCAAAAAUUUGACGGACAUCAGCUGGGCUCAUGCCGUCAACAGUCAGCAAUUGCUGGACGCGGCUCUAAGCGGUGACAUUGAUUUUAUUGAAGCCGAUAUUGUGCUGGGCAAGAUCAAUGGCGAAGGUGAAGAUUUACCCGUUAUGGCUCAUCCGCCAGCCACGAUUUCGGAUAUAACACUAGAAGACUUUCUAAAUCAAAUCAAAGACUAUAAUGAUGACCAUGAGGGUGCCGAAAAGGGUGUCAAAUUGGAUUUUAAAUCUAUUGAAGUAUUCGAAGGUUCCCUAGACAUUUUAGAUGUCACCAUACCAAAUAUGACCUAUCCGAUUUGGCUAAACGCCGAUAUUCUCAGUGGCCCAGUGGAGCAGAAUAAAACAGUUCCCGUGGAUCCGGAUCGUUUCUUUGCCGGUUGCAUGCGUUAUAAGCAGGCUGUUCUUUCCAUUGGUUGGACCACCAAUUGGGGUGCCGAUUUCCGAGAAGGUGAAUACACACAGGAACAAUGCGAUGCCAUGUUGGACACUCUCAAAUCUAACAAUGUCCUGUCCAAGGAACUGGCUAUGGGCAUCACGUUUCCAGUGCGUGCUGGAAUUGCAGCCAAUAGUGCUGAACGGUUACAUAAUUUGGUGGCAGCUGUUAAUGAGACAAAUGAAAGCACUUUAACCAUUUGGUCAUCCGAUGGUGAUUAUGUGGAUGUUGCCCUAUUGAGAGAAUUAAUUUUUAGCUUUGGUGUGGAGCGUGUCUAUUUGGAUGUUCCCGAGGAGCUGGCCUCGCAAUUGGAUUUGGGCAAUGCUGGCACUGGUGGAGCCAAUACUUUUAACUCUCUGGUUAGCUUUGGUUUUGUUAGCCUUUGCUUCUGGGCUCUGUCCACUUAUCUGCAGCGUAUCUAAAGGAUUCCAUUUUGUAAUUUAUAUUAACUUUUAAACUGUGUGAAUAAAUUCAUAACAAAACAA